UGUAGAGUUGUACACAAUCAGAUACUGUUGAAUGACAGGAGCAGGCACGAAGGCGAUAUGCGCGAAUGUAUUUCGCUCCACAUUGGCCAGGCCGGUGUGCAGAUUGGCAACGCUUGCUGGGAGCUGUACUGCCUGGAGCACCGGAUCAAACCCGACGGGAAAAUGCGCAGUUACAGGAGCACCAGAGGAGGUGACGACUCCUUCAACACCUUCUUCAGUGAGACGGGGGCGGGUAAACACAUUCCCCGAGCCAUGUUCGUCGAUUUGGAGCCCACUGUGAUUGAUGAGGUCCGUACCGGCACCUACCGGCAGCUCUUUCACCCCGAGCAGCUCAUCACCGGGAAAGAGGAUGCGGCAAAUAACUACGCCCGGGGCCACUGCUCUAUUGGCAAGGAGAUUGUCGACCUGGUCUUGGAUCGCAUACGCAAGUUGGCUGACCAAUGCACAGGACUGCAGGGGUUCCUCAUCUUCCAUAGUUUUGGGGGUGGGACCGGCUCAGGCUUUACCUCCCUCCUGAUGGAGAGACUUUCCGUCGACUAUGGCAAGAAAUCCAAGCUGGAGUUUUCUGUUUACCCUGCUCCCCAGAUCUCCACCGCGGUGGUCGAGCCGUACAACUCCGUGCUGGUCACCCACUGCACCCUCGAGCACUCUGACUGCGCCUUCUUGGUGGACAAUGAGGCCAUUUACGACGUCUGUCGGCGCAACCUUGAGAUCAAGCAGCCAACCUACACCAACCUCAACCGCCUGGUGGCACAGAUCGUCUCGUCCAUCACAGCAUCACUGCGGUUUGAGGGCACACUCAACGUGGACCUGGCUGAGUUCCAGACCAACCUGGUCCCCUACCCACGUAUCCACUUCCCGCUGGUGACCUAUGCACCCCUAAUACCCAAAGAGGUGCAGUACACUAACCAACACAACACGCUGAAGAUCACCAAGAGCUGCUUCAAGGCAGGCAGCCAGAUGGUGAAGUGCGAACCCCACCAUGGCAAGUACAUGGCAUGCUGCAUGCUGUACCGAGGAGACGUGCAGGCUAAGGAGGUUAAUGCUGCCAUUACCACCAUCAAGAGCAUGCACACCAUCAGUUUUGUUGAUUGGUGCCCGACUGGAUUCAAGGUUGGUAUCAACCAGCGGCCCCCGACGGUGGUGCCAGGGGGUGACCUGUCCAGGGUGCCCCGCGCCAUCUGCAUGCUAAGCAACACCACCGCCAUCGCUGGGGCUUGGACCCGCCUGAGCGUCAAAUUCGAUAAGAUGUACGCCAAGCGGGCCUUCGUCCACUGGUACGUGGGGGAGGGGCUGGAGGAAGGGGAGUUCCAGGACGCACGAGAGGACAUGGCCUCCCUCGAGAAGGAUUACGAGGAAGUGGGAAUCGAUUCUCGGUGUCUCGACGUCAUGCCAGAGAAGGGCGAGUGA